UCCGGCGAAGGAACCUUCUACACCCCCGGCCUCGGCGCCUGCGGCCAAACCUCCUCCUCAACCGACGCCAUCGUCGCAAUCUCCCACUCCCUCUUCGACUCCGCCUCAACCUCCUCCAACCCCAACGAGAACCCCAUGUGUGGUAAGAUGAUUACGGCAUUCUAUGAAGGCAAGAGCGUGAGUGUGCAGGUUGUUGAUAGGUGUGAAGGAUGCGCGGAGGGAGAUUUGGAUUUUAGUCCGAGUGCGUUUGGGGAGUUGGCGGCGGAGAGUGCGGGGAGGAUUGGGAUUACGUGGGAGUGG